GGAGCGACAAACCAUGGUAUACCGACCUAGCGAAUACCGUGAGGUGCCACCUGUGGACCUGCUUUCCUGGAUCUUCGAAGAUAACGGCGUGGAUCCUGACGAAGAUGUAUGCUGUCAUCUUAUUCGGUUCAAAAAGCAUCAAGCUUAUUUCGUACAGAUUCUGAUUGAUGCUGCCAAUCCCGGAAACCGGUUCAACUCUCGACAGGCAGUCUCACUGAUACGUAGACUCAUUGCUGGUCUCAGAGCGGCUGGCUUAGUACCUGGAGAUACUGUCUGCGUGCAUGCAUUCAAUUCUACUCUUUAUCCACUACUCUAUUUUGGUACAAUCGGUGCGGGUGGUGUGUUUCUUGGAUCUAACCCUGCUUACAAAUGUCUGGAGAUGAGCCAUUUGUUGUCACUCACAGAGCCCAGAUUUCUCAUCACGGAGGCUGGUUUGCUGACAAAUGUGUUGCCUGCUGUUGAAACGUUUGUACCUGCCGCACGAAUACUCGUCCUCGACAUCGAAUCUCAAGAAUGCAGUCAUGGUGGGUUCGAAUCCUGGAGAAACUUGCUUCGACACGGCGAGCAUGAUUGGAUUCGGAUCAACGAUGAAACGACAGCCAAAACGACAAUCGCCGCACUGCAGCCAACAAGUGGUACAUCAGGCUUGCCAAAGGUAGCAACCACCUCACAUCAUGCUUUGGUGGCCGCAGGAGUCGCCAUGCGAUGUUUAGACCAGAAGCCUUACAAAGUUUCAAGACUCAUCUCCUUGCCUUUGUUUCAUUCUUUUGGUGCAUCGUUUGUGCAACUAUCUGCUUUCCACUAUGGCGAACCUACCUAUAUCAUGCGCAGAUUCAAUGCUGAGGCCUACGUUCAUGUGUUGGACAAACUCAUAAUCACCGAGACUGCUGUUGUACCUGCCAUGAUGGCAAGCAUUAUCGACCAGCGAAUAACCCCGGACGUGCUGAAAGGUCUGAGACGGAUAUGGUGCGCUGGGUCAUUGUUGUCUUCGAGGUUGAGCAAGGCCAUGUAUGAGCUUUUGCAUGAAGACGCUAUGAUCUUCCAGGUUUGGGGCAUGACGGAGUUUGGCCGCAUCACAUCAUCUGAAUGGCUUGAGAAAGAUGACAAUGGUAGCGUUGGUAAGCUGCUGCCGAACACAGAAGCAAGAGUGGUGGACAAGCAAGGCUUCGAAGUUCUUGACGAGGGCUUCGAAGGCGAGGUCGAGGUCCGCGGACCCUCGAUGAUGAGUGGAUAUUCGAGGUACCCGUUCGGUACUAUCGAGGCCUUCCAUGAUGGCUGGCUCAAGACUGGCGACUUCGGAUAUGUAAGGUCCAACAAGGUCUACAUCAAAGGCCGAAUCAAGCUGACAACUACCAGNGAACUCAUCAAAGUGCGUGGGUGGCAAGUCUCGCCCAAUGAGAUCGAGGAUGUCCUUUUAAUGCAUCCAUCAAUAGUUGAUACUGCCGUGAUUGGCGUCAGGCGGGUUGGCACAGACUCUGAAGACGAGCUUCCUCGUGCGUAUGUCGUGACCAGCAAGAAAGACUCUAUCAGAAUAGACGAGCUGGAGGUAAUGAAAUUUGUCCAAAAUCGGCUAUCCAGCUUCAAGGCGCUGGAAGGCGGAGUGAAGUUUGUGGACUCGAUCCCAAGAAGUCACAGCGGAAAGAUCAUGCGACACGAAUUGAGGGAAAGAGCAAUGUCGACAAUUGCUACAAGCCAGCACGAGGCAGAGAAACAGAUGCGA